CUGCUUGUGCACUGAAGUGCUUGAAUUUUGUUGUCCUGUAAUUCUAAGGGAAGACUGGCAAUGAAGAGAACCUAUGAAGGGAACAUCUCCAGGGAAAGCAGAAACAGGAUUCCAGCAACCAUGUCGAAGCACCACGAUGCAGGGACCGCUUUCAUCCAAACCCAGCAGCUGCAUGCUGCCAUGGCAGACACUUUCCUGGAGCACAUGUGUCGCUUGGACAUUGACUCUGAGCCGACCACCGCAAGAAACACCGGCAUCAUCUGCACCAUUGGCCCAGCCUCCCGCACAGUGGAGAAGCUGAAGGAAAUGAUUAAAUCUGGAAUGAAUGUUGCCCGCCUCAACUUCUCCCAUGGCACCCAUGAGUAUCAUGAGGGCACAAUCAAGAACGUGCGAGAGGCUACAGAGAGCUUUGCCUCCGACCCAAUCACCUACAGACCUGUGGCUAUUGCACUGGAUACAAAGGGACCUGAAAUCCGAACUGGACUCAUCAAGGGAAGUGGCACAGCAGAGGUGGAGCUCAAGAAGGGCGCAACUCUCAAAGUAACCCUGGAUGAUGCCUUCAUGGAGAAGUGUGAUGAGCACGUGCUGUGGCUGGACUACAAGAACCUCAUCAAAGUCGUGGAUGUUGGCAGCAAAAUCUACGUGGAUGAUGGUCUGAUUUCCCUGCUGGUUAAGGAGAAAGGCAAGGACCACGUCGUAACGGAGGUCGAGAACGGCGGCAUGCUUGGCAGCAAGAAGGGAGUGAACCUGCCCGGUGCUGCCGUGGACCUGCCCGCUGUCUCCGAAAAGGACAUUCAGGACCUAAAGUUUGGCGUGGAGCAGAAUGUAGAUAUGGUGUUUGCUUCCUUCAUCCGCAAGGCUGCUGAUGUCCAUGCUGUCAGGAAGGUGCUAGGGGAAAAGGGAAAGCAUAUCAAGAUCAUCAGCAAGAUUGAGAACCACGAGGGUGUGCGCAGGUUUGAUGAGAUCAUGGAGGCCAGCGAUGGCAUCAUGGUGGCUCGUGGUGACCUGGGAAUUGAAAUCCCUGCUGAAAAAGUCUUCCUUGCCCAGAAGAUGAUGAUUGGGCGCUGCAACAGGGCUGGCAAACCCAUCAUUUGUGCCACUCAGAUGCUGGAGAGCAUGAUCAAGAAGCCUCGGCCAACUCGUGCCGAGGGCAGCGACGUUGCUAACGCUGUCCUGGAUGGAGCCGACUGCAUCAUGCUCUCCGGAGAGACGGCCAAGGGCGACUACCCGCUGGAGGCCGUGCGCAUGCAGCACGCUAUCGCUCGUGAGGCGGAGGCCGCAAUGUAUCAUCGCCAGCUCUUCGAAGAAAUUUUCCGCCUCACUGUUCACAACAGGGACCCUGCUGAUGCCAUGGCCGUAGGCGCAGUGGAGGCCUCUUUUAAGUGCUUAGCUGGAGCUCUGAUAGUUCUGACUGAGCACGGCAGGUCGGCACACCUGGUGUCCCGGUACCGCCCGCGGGCUCCCAUCAUCGCCGUGACCCGCUGCGGGCAGACAGCGCGCCAGGCCCACCUCUACCGGGGCGUCUUCCCCGUGCUGUGCAAAGAGCCGGCCCAUGACGCGUGGGCGGAGGACGUGGAUCUGCGUGUGAACCUGGGCAUGAACGUCGGUAAAGCCCGUGGAUUCUUCAAGAGCGGCGACUUGGUUGUCGUCCUCACCGGCUGGCGCCCUGGCUCUGGCUACACCAACACCAUGCGUGUGGUGCCGGUGCCCUAAGCGACCGACCCACGUAGCGACCUGUUCUGCCCCCUCCUCCACUCCCCUCCCCUUGCAUUAGACCAGCAAUUGCUUGCAACGUUCUCCUUGUCUGUAGAGUGGAUUUAGGUUGCUAAACACCACCGAGAGCAGCAGCAGGGGAAAAGACCUUAAAUCACUAAAAAUACUUGAAGUGUUUAGUUUUUU